CGCUGUGUGUUAAGAGUUUGACUCCGAGUUGGGCCUUCUAGCGAUUUUCUGUAAAACUUUCACUGAUUGCACCCUUUAUUUCUCGAAAUCCUGCAGUAUGUCAGCAGCUAUGAAAGGAAAUGAAACUUCUCCAUUAAUUCCAAAGAAACUAGUCACCCAACCUUACUCACCUGGUGGGGAGACAAGCACUGGUACCAAUUCCUCUGAUCUUAGUAGUGCCUUGAGUAGACAACAAAGGAUGUUGAAUGCAUUGUGUAUUCUUGUAACAGAGUUAUGUGAGCGCCUGACUUUCUAUGGAGCAUCUGCCAAUCUAGUAUUAUUUUGCAGCAAUGUGUUAAAGCUUGGGUCUACUUGGCCAUCAACAAUCACUCUUUUGUUCCAAGGAACAUGUUUUCUCACUCCUUUACUUGGUGGGUGGUUAGCUGACUCUUACCUUGGUCGGUUUAACACCAUAUAUGGAAGCUCUUUGUUGUAUUUUGUUGGAACUUUGCUUUUGGCUGUAGUAUCAAUUACUAAUGAUACACUGAAGACAGUAUUUGCUACCUCGGCGAGAGUGGUGUACUUUAUCAUUGCCCUUGUGUUGAUAGCAUUUGGUGCAGGAGGAAUCAAAGCCAACGUGUCACCCUUUGGAGCAGAUCAGGUGAAACAGGAUGGUCCACGAACUGUUCAGAGCUUUUUCAACUAUUUUUAUUGGUUCAUUAACAUUGGAGCUCUCCUAGCUUAUACUGUGGUGGUUGGGGUCCAACAGUCAGACAUUUUCUCUGGUUACGCCAUUGCAGUGGGUGCGAUGUUCGUUGUAAUCAUUGUAUUUAUCACCCGUCGUAAUAAGUACUUGGUCAGGUCACCAGGUGGUAGUCAACUGACUGAAACUGCAAAAAUAAUCCACAAUGCCAUUAAAAACCGUAAACAGAACACUGGCGGUUGGAUGGAUGGAGCAAAGAUCAGAUUUGGAGGAAAGUUUGAUGAUGCUCAGGUUGAAGAUGUCAAGGCUGUGUUGAGGCUAAUUCCAGUGUUCAUUACUUUCAUCUUUUUUUUUGCAGUUUACUCUCAGAUGAACACAUCAUUUCUCAUUCAAGGUACAUUCAUGAAGCUAAAUUUUGAAGGCUUUUCCGUACCAGCAGCCUCUUUAGCACUGUUUGACAUAGUUAUUAUUCUGGUGCUUGCUCCUCUCAUGGAUCAUGUAAUUUACCCUCUUACUGAGCGCAGUGGGAUCAAGUUGACAUUCUUACGACGCAUUGGUGUGGGUUACAUGUUAAUGGUAGCAAGUAUGCUUAUAGCUGGGCUGACUGAAAUAAAACGACGGACAGUAUGGCAAAAUGGGGACAUUUGCGUACAGACAGUUUUUGGUGAAAGUCACAGUGCCUCGUGUUUCAGUAUUUUCUGGCAAACACCACAGUUCCUAUUGAUUGGAUCUGCUGAAGUGUUAGCAGUUAUCACUGGUCUGGAGUUUGCAUACUCACAGGCUCCUGAAUACCUCAAAGGAGUGAUUAUGGCCUUAUUUCUAGCAGCCUCUGGCUUAGGAAGCUAUGUUGCAAACCUUCUAGUUGCUGUUGUCAACGAAGAUUGGUAUCCUGCAAAAGAUCCCAAUCAAGGUCACAUGGAGUACUUCUCCUUCAUGAUGGCUGGUUUGAUGACACUUAAUUUCCUGUUGUUUCUGUGCAUUGCAUCCUCGUAUAAAUACAAGGAAUCAUCCCCAGAAAGUGAAGAUACUGAAGAUGACCAAGACACCCAUGAACUAACUGUUAGUGUUUCAUCUGUGCAUGGCUGAGUGAUGUGUCCAUUUGCUACUGAAUGUGCAAAAACUUUUGUGAACACCUGCCAAAUUCAAUGUUGAUGAUCCUAGAUGCAUGGGCCUAGAUACAGCCAGCUAUAAACCAAUCAAAGUGUCAAGGAGUUGCAAUACAAAGGAAGAAAAAAACUGCAAAAUCAAUCAACUCUUUGGCAUGUUUUCAUCAUUCUUAAAUACUAUAAUUUAUAUUAUGAUUGAGUUUCUGGGCAGUUUUACUCAUUUAGCUUGCAGGAUGCAAAAGGUUGACUCAUCUGAAUUCACAAAUAAUUUUGAUUUUGUGUUUGCCUGUCUUGGAAAUUAGAGAAUUUAAGUUAUCCUCUCAAUUCAUGUUAUCUGCCACCUAGUUUUUAAUGUUAUUUAUUAAAAGUUAAUUAGAAGAUUUA